GACGUGGCAACUAAAUUUCAAGCAUGAACGAAAGCAGCUGUGCAUAUGGCAAGGAACCAAUAGCUGCUGAUCUAAGUGAGCAGACAACUGAAGAGAGUGACGUUCUGCAGGAUGUGCUGGGACACUUUGGCAUCUGGCAGCUGCGCUCCGUGCUAAUUAUAUUUCUCUGCAAGUUGCCAGCUGCUUGGUAUAUGGCUUGUAUUAUAUUCACCGCGCCAGAUAUUUAUGCAAAUGAGGAAUAUAGCUGCGAUACUAGCGUCUAUGGCGCCGCAGACAACAGCACAGUGUCUGCGGAUCAGUGCUAUGUGCUAGUUUCUUAUGGCGAAAGCAACUACGUGGUCAGGCAAUGCCAGCAGUUCAACUAUAAUUAUCACUUUCGUUCGCUUAUUAUGGAGUUUGAUUUGGUUUGCUUGUGCGAAAUAUUUGUAUCCUGGUCGCAAUACUGGCAUCUGUUUGGACUCUUUAUUGGCGGCGUUGUGGCCACGCGUCUAAUGCGUGUGCUUAGUCCCAGACGUGUCUACAUCUCUGGGCUUUUCAGUCUCAUCUGCUGCGGUGUAGCCACGGGAGUGGUCAAGGACUUUAGUCUGCACUGCUCCUUUCGCUGUCUCUCAGCGGUUAGCUGCAGCUUCAUGUUAACUUCUGGACUGCACAUAAUUAGCGAUAUUACUACAGGCAAAUGCCGACGCGCCUGCAUUGUGCUGUAUGAGGCCUUCUUUGCUAUAGGUCUGCUGUUGUUGCCUGCUCUAGCUGCCUAUGUAUCCAGUUGGCGUCACAUCUAUGUGGGCAUAACAUUGUUGCCUGCUUCAAUUAUAUUGCUGCUGCCUUGGUUGCCAGAGUCGCCACGCUGGCUGUUACGCUAUGCGGAGCCCACGCAAGCUUUCCAUGAAGUGCUGCAACUUGUGCUGCAAGCAGCCAAAAUAAACGAGCGCUGCCAUAAGCUGCCGCAUGAUCUUGGACUGCAGCUGGAGCUGCUGGGCGAGCGCUUGCGUACGCAAUCUCCAGCUGCACGCUGGCUGGAGCUGUGGCAUGGACACAAGCGUGCCAAGCUACACAUGCUGCUCACUCACAUGGCGCUGGCGGCUGUGCUCAUCAGUCACAUUGGCAUGCUGCUGAAUGUGCGCUCCUUUGGCCGAGAUUAUCGCGUGGCAAUCAUUUUGGUCAUAGCGCUAGCCGAGUUGAUUGGUAGCAGCGUAGCGCUGCAUAUAAAUCUUAAGCUGGAUGCUCACAAGUGGCAAUGGACAGGUGCAAUUUGCAUUCUGGGCGGCGGCAUUGGCUGUCUCUGUUGGCUUUUCAAUGAUAUUGCAGGUAAGUUGCCAAAUACUUUUCGAAUUUUCUUGUGGUUAUGCUGCGCUGCUGUCUCCAAAGCUGCCGUUGCCUGCGCCCAGUCUAUGCUGCAAGCCAGCAUGGAUGAGCUUGUGCCGCCUUCAAAGCGAGCUGCGUUUACUUUCUCAGUGAUCACUUGGGCUCGCGUCUGGCUGCUCUCUGCCUCAUUUCUCAUUGUGCUCAGACAGCUCAACGUGGUGUUGCCUCUAACCGUGUUUUGUGUGCUGGCCAUUAUAGGUGGCAUCUGUAUUUGUGGCUUGGUCACACCGCAGGCGGAGCUUAAGCGUCGCCAGCUACAAGAGCAGCAGCUGUUGUCCCACAUGACUGAGAUUUAUAGACGUUUCAGCAGCUUUAGCACUAACUUGUAG